UUCUAUUCAUAAAUUACCAAGGUGUGUUAGGACAACGAGGUUGCUAGGUUGAAAAUACUGGAACUAUCGCACUGAAAGUAUAACGAUAUAACGCAGCAUCUCUACGAACAGCUGUAAUUUUGUUUGCAACUGCGGUUUUUUAACAAUUUCAUUUAGUAAAUAAAUAAUCGUAUUUACAAGCAAUACAUUAAAUGGGGAUCAAUUUUAUGUAAAACAGACCUAAAAUCACAAUGGCCGAAUCAACGAUGUGUUUACUGUGCAUGUGUGAGUAUCCAUCGACGUUUGGGGAGCUUAUUGGUGUACACACCGCGAGAGGCAGCGAACUGGAGGUAGCCAGGAUAAUAAGUAAACACUUUCCACUGCAAGUGACGGAAAACAGUCCCGACCGGGUGUGCGGACGCUGCUGGAAAACCGUUUCGGAGUUUCACGCGCUACAUGAUUUUGUUAGCCAAGCACAGAGCUCGUUGCAGGAAACAAAGGCCCUGUUGAUGGAGGAUGAUCCGCUCACGCAGUGCAACUUCAUCGAGACCACAAAAUUAGGUGCCGAAGAUGAAGUCAGACCCCAGGACCAACCAGAACUCGGCUGCGGGAGGAAUUUCUUCUAUCCCGAGGUUAAAAUAGAGGAGCAUGAGCUGGACCACUUACCUAGGAUUGAGAUCCUUGAAGCCACAGCAAACACACAGCCUGCCCAAGAGGAGUCCACGACCACGGCAACGAGGCGCUUGAGAAAGCGCGUAAAAGCAGAAGAUGAAGCAUUUAUAGAUAACGAAGAUGGAGCGGCUGAGCCGGCGCUAGCUGAGCCAAAAAAACGACGUGGUCGUCCACGCAAAGUGGAUAACCCCAUUGAGUCCACUGCCAAGCCGGAAGAGGAUGUAUCACUGAAUCUUAAAUCGGAAGAGGAGGAAUCUGAGUUUAUCGACGAAGAUCCAGACUUCUCCUGCAACAUCGACGAAGGUCUUGCGACCAGCGACCACAGUUUUGAGGACAACUCGGAAGGAAGUGAUGAAGACACCGACUCGGACUUUGAGCUGGGCAAUAAAGAUAAGCUGGAGUUUGCCGUUGUACCCAAGAGAACUGUCGUGCGGCCCAAGAAGUACAAAAAGAGAACGAAGCCGACUGAGCCGAAGGUGCGCAUGUCGCGCGAGCUUCUGGAACAGCGCAAGAAGCAGCAGGAGGAGUACGACAUCAUCAUUGGCAAGUUCUUCAACAGCGUGCUGGCGUGUCCGAUCUGCAAUCUGUCUGUGCACAACUUUACGGACAUGCAGCGACAUCACCGUCUCACCCACCAGGUUGAUCCCGGCUACGUAAUGUGCUGCGGCCGCAAAUUUAGCCAACGUAAAGUGCUUGCGGAACAUGUGCAGGUCCACUGGAACCCAGAGCACUUCAAGUGCAGCAUCUGCGAGAAGUCAUUCCAGAACUCACGGCACCUGGAGUCGCAUCAACAGGUCCACCUGGAUCCAGCCAUCAAGCUGACCUUUCAGUGCGACCUCUGUUCGAAGGUCUUCCUCAGCAAGACAGCCAUCGACUAUCACAAGCUCAACAAGCAUGUCCCCAAGUCCGAGUUCAAAUUUACGUGUAGCGAUUGUAACAAGAAAUUCCUGACGGAGCGAAAACUCAAGAACCAUAUGAACUCUAUGCACGAUCCAGAGAGCACCAUCAUCUGCGACAAGUGUGGCAAGCAGAUGCGCACAAAAAUCAUCCUCAAGAAGCACCAGGAGCUCAUGCACUCGGACAAGCCGCGGCCAGAGCCGGAGCUCAAGCAAUGCCAGAUCUGCGGGGCCUGGCUCAAGGGCAUGACUGGCCUGAAGCAGCACAUGAAGAGUAUUCAUGUGGAGAGCGCCGGCGAGCACCGGUGCCACAUCUGUUCCAAGGUCUCGCCCAAUGCUCGAGCGCUUCGUCGUCACAUCUAUCACAAUCACGAGUGCGAACGCAAAUUCAAGUGCACGAUGUGCGAGAAGGCAUUUAAGCGCCCGCAAGAGCUGAAGGAGCACACGUCCACGCACACCGGCGAAGUACUUUACACCUGUCCGAACUGCCCAAUGACGUUCUUCUGCAGCGCCAACAUGUACAAGCAUCGCCAGCGGCUGCACCGCGCCCAGUACGAGGCGGACAAAAACCAGCCGAAGCCACCGAAUAUUCUCAAAAUAUCGCGGAAUGCCUCCUCGCAGAGCAAGCCCAAACAGGAGAUUUGAAGGGAAAAUCUAUGUAUAAAUUUAAAGGACACUUUCUUUGAGCAUCUGGACGGGAGAGCACUGCUGACGCCCAGGACAGGGGAUGAUGUGAAGAUGCCACCCACCGGUAUCACAACCGAACCGUAACCGGUAAAAGGGUGUGCCGGGUUCUUGAGGAGCGGAACUGAAUGGAACCUGAAUGGACAGCCAGCCGUCUAAACUAAAACCUAACCUAAGCUAAAAGGAUCGUAAAGAAUAAUAAACAGAGCAAACUGUGGACUCUGUAGACCGAUGCAAUCAAUUGAUAACGAAACAAAGUUGGGAAUGUCUUUCUUUCUUUAUAAUUAUUUACAAGGAUGGCUUAAUUGCACCUUAUAUAACGCAAUGACAAUUACAUAGUUUCUGUUUUCUGUUUUGUAUACACAUAUUAGGCAUAGUUUUAAAAUAUUUAUAUAUAGAUACUGUAUCUCUCUCACGAUUUGCUUAUAUUGGUACACACAACUUGCGGCCCAAUAAUGGAAAAAAACUGAAAAAAAACAACUUUACAUUACUCGUACAAAUAUUAUUGUUCAUUUCGCCCGAUGCAAUCCCCCGAUCUGAUCCUUAUUCUGGCUCUCAUUGCUGCAACUGGCGGUGGUUAGGGGCUUGUUAACACACUCCACACUCAUGGUUAGUGUUUGCAUAUAUAAUAGAAUAGUAGUAGUAGUAGAGACGAAACAAUAAGCGGAGCCACAUAAAUAGUCGGACUGUGGGCGAUCCUCAUUGCGAUUAGUGUUGAAACAUGCGCGCAUAGUUAAUAAACUUUGAUAACUACGCAACAUUUAUAUAAAUACAAUACUU